CCUCCCUCCCUGUCUCAGGGUAUGAUGGGCGGAUUGGGCCGGAAGCAGCAUGGCGGCCUCACAGCCCCGGACACAGGUUCCAAGUAACCAUGCUGUGUAUGAGAAAUACUUUCGUCAGGUGGAGUCUGGUAACACUGGACGAGUUUUGGCUGCAGAUGCUGCACAAUUCCUAAAGAAAUCUGGACUCUCAGAUCCGAUCUUGGGAAAUAUUUGGCAUUUGACUGAUAAGGAGCGCAAAGGAUAUCUAAACAAGCAGGAUUUUUUUGUGGCCCUGCAGCUUGUGGCCUGUGCUCAGAAUGGAAUGGAAGUGUCCCUCAGUGGUCUUAAAGCAGUGGUGCCUCCGCCCAAAUUUCAUGAUACUGGAAGCCCGUUGCUGGUAGGACCUGCAGUUUCUGCAGACGUUCCAUGGGCUGUUAAGGUGGAAGAAAAAUCCAAAUACGAUGCAAUCUUUGACAGUUUAAUCCCUGCCAAUGGGUUCCUGUCUGGAGACAAGGUCAAACCUGUGCUACUCAACUCCAAACUGUCUGUUGAGGUCCUGGGACGGGUCUGGGAGUUAAGUGACAUCGACCGUGAUGGAUUAUUGGACCGCGAUGAGUUUGCAGUUGCAAUGUUUUUGGUUUACUCUGCCCUUGAAAAGGAGCCAGUUCCCAUGUCCUUGCCUCCAGCUCUGGUGCCCCCAUCGAAGAGAAAACCAAUUCAAUCUGCUUCAUCACCUCCAAUUAUUCCUCCACUUCCGAUGCCACCUUCCAAAGAGCCACGUCACUCGUUGCCACCAGUUGGAAUCCUGCCAACUAAAGCCCCAGCGACGCAGUGGGUUGUGUCACACACCGAAAAAACUAAAUAUGAUGACAUUUUCCAAAAACUAGACAAAGAUAUGGAUGGCUUGGUUUCUGGAGUGGAAGUGCGAGAGAUCUUCCUGAAAACGGGUUUGCCUUCAGGAUUACUUGCCCAUAUCUGGUUUCUGUGUGACACAAAAGACUGCGGGAAACUCACUAAGGAGCAGUUUGCUUUAGCCUUCCAUUUCAUCAAUCAUAAAUUAGUGACGGGCAAUGACCCCCCUCAUGUUCUAACUCCUGAAAUGAUCCCCCCAUCUGAGAGACUGGCUGCAGCUACGGUCCCAGCUGCUCCCAGUCCUGUUGCUGAUUUCUCUGCUAUCAAAGAACUGGACCAUUUAAAUAAUGAGAUAGUGGAUUUACAAAAGGAGAAAAGCAAUGUGGAACAGGAGCUGAACGAGAAGGAGGAAGCUGUGAAACAGAGGACGGGUGAGAUUCAGGAUCUACAAGAUGAAGUGGAGCGAGAAAGCGCUAAUUUGCAGAAACUGCAGGCAAACAAGCAGGAAGUGCAAGAGGUCCUGGAAGGAUUGGAUGAGCAGAAAGCAAAACUCGAGCACCAGCUUCAGGAUCUAAGACUGAAAUGUGAAGAGGAGACCCGUCAGAUUGCCUCCCUGAAAAUGGAGAUCGCCAACCAAGAGACACAGAUUUCAUCGUACGAGGAUGAGUUAAUCCAGACAAGAGACGAGUUGAGCCGUCUUCAAGAGGAGACUGCACAGCUAGAGGAGAACCUAAAGAAUGGGAAGGAGAGACUGGAGCCCCUCGAACAAGAACUGCAGGAAUCCCAGCUGGAGAUACAUGUAAUCCAGGGGAAACUUCAAGAAUUAGAGGAUGAAAACACAGAGAAUCACAUUAGUGAUAACCUGAGCUGGCGCAACCAUCUAAAUCUGCCACUCGUGAAUGGCACUGCAGAUAAUGCCAGCCUGAGCAAUAGCAGCAGCGAACCUACAAACCUAUACGAGAGUGCUGGGGAAGAGAGUCCAGCCCAGCAAGAACACCAAAGCCAUGACUCACCUGUGAGGCGCAGCCCAGAGAUAACACAAAACUCCGGCAGUGAUGUGGAGGACAAAGAGGAAAAACCAAAUGUUCCUCCCAUUUCUGAUAAAGUUACAUUUUCAGUGGAUCCUUUCGAUGCCAACCAGAAUACGUCGUUGCCUCCUUCAGUACAAGAGUCAGGCCUGGAUUUCUUCCAGAGUGAUCCUUUUGUUGACAGUGAUCCGUUUAAAGAUGAUCCGUUUGGAAAAAUAGACCCAUUUGGUGGCGAUCCUUUCAAAGACUCCGAUCCUUUUGCUUCCGAUGACUUUUUCAAACCGUCUUCAGCAGAUCCUUUCACGUCCUCCAAAGCAGAUCCUUUCACGUCCUCCAAAGCAGAUCCUUUCACGUCCUCCAAAGCAGAUCCUUUCACGUCGUCCAAAGCAGAUCCUUUCACGUCGUCCAAAGCAGAUCCUUUCACGUCGUCCAAAGCAGAUCCUUUCACGUCCUCCAAAGCAGACCCUUUCACGUCCUCCAAAGCAGAUCCUUUCUCCAGUACAGCAUCACCGAGCAGCUUUCCCUCAGGAGCUGUUGUAAAAAAGAAUGACCCAUUUGCUCCUGGUGGGAUUGUGGUCUCCCCAGCCAAUGAUUCCGUGACCGAGGAUCCAUUUGCGUCUGUGUUUGGUAAUGAGCCCUUGGAAAGUGGAUUUGCCGACUUUAGCACAUUGUCAAAGGUGACUAGCGAUACAGAUGCGUUUGAUGCCAGCACAGACAAGGAAGUGGUGAUCAGUAAGAAUUUGUUUCCUGAUGAAUCAUCACAGCUUGAAGAGGUCCCCCCAGCACUGCCCCCCAAAACUGGAACCCCCACGCGACCAUGCCCGCCCCCUCCAGAAAGGAGGCCUUCUUCUCGAUCUGCUGAAUCGUCAGACUCCUUAAGACACAGCGAUUCCUUCAAGCAAUUUAACAGCUUAUUCAGUGAUUCCGAUGUUGAUCCGUUCACUUUUAGCAAAGGCACAGAGAAAGCCAAAAGCGUCCGUUUCAACACUUACCAGUCGGAGGAUGAUAUGAUCGAAUGGGCGAAGAGGGAAAGUGAGAGAGAAGAGGAGCAGAGACUGUCGAGGCUGAAGCAGCAGGAACAAGAAGAUAUUGAGCUUGCUAUAGCGCUCAGCAAAUCUGAAAUUUCCGAAGCAUGAGAUACCAGAGGCUGCAGGAAGUCUGGUGUCAUAACUAAAUUGUCCGUUUCUGGGUUGGGGGGGAAACAUUUAAGGUGGUUAAGUCUUCCUGUACUUAAAAGUAUUUAAAUGCCCUUUUAACCCUUGCCUUGCUAGAGAGGGCAAAUACAAUAUCAUGGUCUCUUUGUCAGUAAACCGGUAACAAGUCCUACUGUGUUGUGAAUGUGGCAGAGGAGUGAUAUUUGAUAUUUUGUACACCGUUGGUGCUUCCAAAGCCAUCACCUGUGUUUUGCACUGAGUAAUCAAUGGCUGUGUGUUGUUUUAAAUAGAAAUGCAGUUAUAAUGUGUCCUUAUAAUAUCUUUGCUUUACAGAGAUGAUUUAGCAGUAAUACGCUGUUAUUCUUAAAAAGAAACUAUUAUAAAGAAAAAAAUUACUUUUGCUAAGCUGUAGCAUAUGUUGGGUUCCCUGAGUAUUCUACAGUCAGCAGUCUGUCAGUCUAACUGCUUGAAUCACUGGCAAUAGUCUGAUAUACCUGCCUAGAUUAGGACACUGGCCUGUGCUCACGGGUUAUAGACUGAGGCUAAAGGAGGAAUAAAACACUAACAUUGUUUAAAUUAAAGGAUACGACCAUUACAACUUCACAAAGAAGCCCAUAGUAAUAAGUGCUACAGCAUAUAAAAUAUAUUUUUAUAAUGAUUUCUUUUUAAGCCUAAUUCUUUAACUGUUGCCAGAGGGUUCAGCUCGCUCCUCUGUGUUGCUCUCACACGUGAAAUUAUGCUGGAGGAGAUAUUGGGAUAUUUUAUUGGUUCUAGCAAUGCAGUAAAGGAAAGAUAAUAUUCUGAACUAGGCACGCUGGUUAUAAGAUGUGUCUUUCACUCUUGGUGUCCAGAGGCGCAAUGCACGUUUUACUGAUGCUGCUUAGAAUUAUUACUCAUCCUUUAUUCCCCACCUUGUUUUGUCCUGUCUCUUCUCUGGGAACUUGUGCCUUGUUUUUCCCCACUGACCUGCAUUCUCGAAAGUCGAUGAUGCUUCUGCGAUAUGUUACAACUUUGUUACAAGCUUACAGUCACUGUAGUAUCUCAGGCAUUUUAUUAGUACUUUUAGUUUUUGUUGGUGCCAAAACUUCUGAUUGGAGACUCUGAAACUAAGUGACGCUGCAAACCAUGAACAAAAGUCACAAAUAAUUUUCUUUUAAUCUAGGCUGAGUUGUCUUAUUCCUUCAGACUCUGGACCAUGAGCCAAAAGUGUCCACUCAGUGUGCACACUCAGCCAGCUGCUAAUACCAUACUUGCUUCUUAAAAAUCACAUUUUGGGGUUGUGGGGGAGGUUUAAAAGCUUAAUAAGCAGAUUUUUUUUUUUUUUUUUUUUUCAUCCAAAGUCUGAUAACUAGAGGUCUUAACCACCAAUAUAAUCGGAUAUAUGCAUUUUAUGUAUAUAAACUACUAUUAUGCUUUUAUGUAUUCUGAUUUAUAAGUAUGUGUAGCUUGUUUUAUAUGGCGCAUAUCCAACCAUUUAAUUUAUAACCUUCAUGUAGGUCAUUGUAAAACUUUUUGUAGCAUGGUUAUCCAAAAGGUAGAUCUGGAUUUGGAGUUUUACAAUCACUGAGCAUCUAGCAUUUGAACACCCCAGUUUUACACAAUCCACCACCCAAUUUUGGUUUAAUAACACAAAAAAAAAAAAUCUUCCACUCUUUGUUCAGAAAAUCUCAAGAUCAUUCUUUUUACCAAAUCAAAUAGGUAGGUGUCAUACAGUAGAAGCCAAGCCAGAUGGGAAAACUCAACAUAUGAAUGUCUUUGCAUCUGGCUACUGAAUCUUGUGACUCUAAUUGGGGAAGCCCAUCAAAGCACAGCACAAUUCAUAGAAUGAAAUAUUUGUGUAACAGCAUUACUGUCCUCAAUAAGUUGAAUCAACAUGGACUUAUAGUGGAAUUCUGGAACCAAUGUCGUUGCUGUUAAUUAGUACUAUUUUAGUUUGAUUUAUGCUGCCUUCCAGAAAAGUUUAAUGGAACUCGGCAGGCUCAGAGCUAUAAAUGGAUUCAGCUUAGUUUAAUUCCAGAUACCAGGCAAUUCCCAUGUUUGAUUAGUAGAAGAUUGUUUUAACCCCUUAAGGACACCCGUCAUGAUUCCCUUUUAUUCCAGAAGUUGUGUCCUUAAGGGGUUAAAAAGGGUCCGUCCCUGGCAUUAUUAUUAUUAUUUCAGAAAUUAACUCCUUGUGGAGAAAUGAGCAUUUAUGACUGUCAUUGGCCUCCUCUUUUAGAACUUUGACCAGAUUGGUUUAACAGGUUAUACAAGUGGAAAAACCAACUAGCACACUCCAUUGUUUCCCUUUGUCAUUGCUCUACUUUUAGGCAUUUUCACCUCAUUCACUCAUUUGUUUUUUAGCUUUUAGGUCUUUGCAUUUAACCAAAUACUCGUGUUCAUUAAUUAUAAUGGACACCUGGUUUAUUAGGAAUGAACUUGUCUUAAAGGUAUCCUAAUUGUGACAUUUGUGUUAAUCCCUACAUAAGGGGAAACACUGACGUUGUUUUGUCAUGGGAUUAUGGCAGAAGUGAAUGGAUCCGAGGCUGUUUGACAGCGAUUGCUAACAUGUCACUUGUAGUCUAGAUUUUCCAUUAUGGCUGGCUGAUGACUUUACUGCAGAAGGGUUUUCGUAACUGGAUUAUUAGCAUAAUAUUGUUAAACAAGGUAGCCUCACGCCGAAAAACUGCAGAUGAAGGUGUUUUUCAAUCUUCUUUGUUUUAACUUAAGCUUUUUGGAAGAAUGGGGUUAACUUAUUAGACAUACUUUAGAUUGCCUUGCUUUGGGGAAGUUCCUCUGACUGUAGCUGUCUAUUCUACUGCAUUACUGUGACGUGUGAAUAAUAAUCGUGAAGCACCACGUGCUGUGCACAUUAAAACAGCACCACUACAUUUUUCUCAGACAGCAUUAUGAAAUUUGAAACCUCUGUAGCAUUAGGAACCCAUUGCAGUGCCACUUUUUCAAACUCUCAUAUUGAAAUUGCACAUUACCCUGAAGCAGGCAGAUCUCCUACAUUAAAAGCCUUGGGGGAACUUUGAUGACGCUUCUGUCAGUUAUGACAAUUAACAACUUAAUCCUUCAGUGUAGUAAGUAAGGAACCACCACUAUUGCGAUAAAUUGUGGUUUUACAUGUCAUGAAGUGAAGAAGCUUUUACGAUAAUGAUUUGUGUUCUACAUCUACAGUCCGGACCCCAUUAUCGAUACAAUCUAGUCAUUAACUUAAGCCACUGUCAUUUUAUUUUGGUGAUUUUCUUUUUUUCUGUAAUAAAUUGUUAUUUAAUCUGUUUGAAGUAUCUUGAGUAGAACAUUGUCUACAUAGAAUAUGUACAUAUAUCAGUAUUCAGUCAGGCUGAGCAAAAUGUAUUUUGAGUCUAAAUGACAAUGCAUUAUGAAUCUGUGUAUGCUUUCUCAUUGACCUUUUACCCAAUAUGUGUUCCCUGAAUUGUUUUGUGUUUGUAAAUACGGAACAAUUGUUUGAGUGUAAAGUUCUGGGGUCGUAGGUAUUUUUUCAUGUUACAGAAUAUUUUUUCUUUUUCUUUUGAUACUCUGUACCCAUAUAUGGAUGAGUGUGAUUUUUAUUUUUAUCUCUCCCCCCAACCCC